UGUAUUUUAAUGAUAUUUACAAUGAUUCGUAUUUUUCCGCAUGAUUGCCAGCAGUGCUAAUCUAUAAAUUAUGAAUUUUCACGUCUUGAGAAUCAAGUCUAUCAUACCAUUCAGCAAUUUCUAACAAUUUGAUUUUAUGUUUUGUUUUCAUUACUACUACUUCAAGCUUUAAUGUUUACGAAUUGAGUAGAUCAUGUCCGCAGAAAUUGAAAAUUCCAAUUUACUGAAAAAUAAAAAGAAGAAUGACAUUUUAGACUUAUUUCCAAAAAAUGGUCAUUGGCAGAGAAAAAUCUUUAUCAUAACCUUCAUUACCGCGAUUCCCGUAGCUUUACAAAAUUUAUCCAUUUCUUUUUUUGCCCCAAACUUGGACCACUGGUGUUCAAGACCUAUAGGGACAAAUAUCACUGUUGAAAAAUGGAAACUUGAUGUCUUACCACUACAUGAUCAAAAGUGUUCAAGGUACAAUUUUUUUAAUACUUCCCAUGUAAGUACUGAAAAUAACAGCUACAAUAACUAUGGAAUAAUCCCAUGUGAGUCAUGGGAAUAUGACACUUCGUUGUACACGUCAACCAUCCUAAGCGAAUGGGAUUUAGUUUGUGAAAAAGAAUGGUUAGUUUCCUUGUCAAAAUCGCUUUUUGCGGCAGGUACUCUCUUAUCUUCUCCUUUUGAAGGAUACAUUUCUGAUAAGUAUGGCAGGAAGCCUGUAAUUGUAGGUUGCAACAUCCUUGCUCUUUUAUCAUCUGUCAUAUGUGCCUUCUCCACAUCGUUUCUCAUGUUUUCCAUAACAAGAUUUUUUAUUGCUGUUGGUGCUUCGGGUGCUUUCAACUCUGCUUUUGUUUUAUUGAUGGAAGUUGCUUCUCCAAGUCACAGAUCAGUAUAUGGUUUGAGUGUUGAGCUCGGCUGGUGUUUGGGGUUUAUGAGUUUGCCUUUAAUUGCCUGGAUUCUUCGAGAUUGGUUUUGGAUUCAAUUGACUAUUUCGUUACCGAGUGCUUUUCUACUAUUCACUUUCUGGUUGCUUUCAGAAUCUCCACGAUGGCUGGUGGCUCAUGGAAGGAUUAAAGAAGUUGAAAAUGUUUUGACUAAAGAUCGCAAAACAUCUGUUGUUGACAGGAUCAAUUUAAGAGAAAAUAUUAAAGAAAUAAUUCUCAACAAAAAUAAGGAAAACGAGAAAAAGCAAAGUGAUAAUUUUCUAGGUUUACUAAAAACUCAUGGUGUGUGGAAAAACGUGUUAAAUUUGUUUUAUAUAUGGUGUGUACUAGGAUUUGUAUAUUAUGGUCUAACAUACAAUACAAAUGAGUUGGCUGGAGAUCCAUUUAUAAACUUUGCCGCAUCUGGUGCAGUUGAAAUCCCAGGCUAUCUCAUCUCCAUAUUUAUUAUUAAAUUCUAUGGGAGAAGAAAUCCUUUAUCAGCAUUCCUAAUAAUCGGUGGUGUUGCUUGUCUUCUGAUGUAUCCAAUUCCUUCUGAUAUGUUGUGGAUCAGCUUUUGCAUCUCGAUGUUGGGAAAAUUUUGCAUCACUUGCGCUUUUGGAAUCAUUUACAUUUAUACGGCGGAAAUACUACCAACAGUAGUAAGAAAUGUGGGAAUUUCUUCAGCAUCUUUUUGUGCAAGAAUUGGUUCGAUUUUAGCCCCCUUUGUCAGAGAACUGGGUAAUGCUACUCAUCCAGUAGUGCCACAGAUAAUAUAUGGAAUUUUGGCAGUUAUUGGAGGCCUCUUAAUACUGUUAUUACCAGAAACAAAUAACUGCACAGUACCUGACACAUUUGAAGAAGCAGCACAUUUUAGAUGCAAAAGUUCUGAUAGAAGAAAAGCUAAUCACCACAUAAUUAUGAAAGAAUUUGAGUGUGAAAAGGCUUAGUUUCUUGCCAUUUGGUUAAUAGGGUGCAUUAAAACUUAUUUUUCGAAUUUCAAAAUUGUAAGUCUAUAGUAAAUUUUUACUGUGGUCAUUUAUUUACAUUUUUUUCUCAAAAUAUGAAGUAUUUAGGUUUCUUUAAUUGAUGAUUAAGUUUCAUUUUUUUAAAUUUUGCGUCAAAAACAUAAUUUUAUUUUUUAAAAGCAUUUCAUAAAAAAAUAUUUUUAUUUAUUUAAAAGCAUUCAUAAUUUUAUUUAUUUAAAAGCAAAAGAGUACAAAUUUUAGUUUUUAAAUUCAAACAAUGUAAAGUUUAAAAUGAAAAACUAACAUUAAAAAACUAUUUGCAGAAUAUAACAUUUAAGUCCCCUAGAAUAAUGCUGAAGAUUAAAAUUUUUUAUUUGUGACAAAAAUAUAAUUUAAUUUUUAAAAUAAAGUAUAGAUACAAAAAAAUUAUUUGUUUAAUUCAAAAAUGUAAUGUUUAAAAUGUGAACUGUAAGUAAAGAAAUUAUGUACAAAAUGUAACAUUUAGGUUUCCCUGAAAGGAUGCUUUAGUUGUUUAAUUUUGUAUCAGAAACAUAAUUUCAAUUUUUUAAAAGCAUAGAUACAAAACAAACUUUAGUUUUUAACUUCAAAAAUGUGAUGGUAAUACCAACUGAAAAUUAAAAAAUUGUGUUCAGAUUUUUACAUUCAGGUCCACCGGAAUCUAAAUGAAACUCUAAAUCUUACCCGGA